CGCCGUCGAGCUGGCGUCGCGUCGAUGGCGUCGAGGUGGCGCCACCAAAUCACGGACGCCGCAUUGUACAGGUACGACUCGAGGCCGUUGCGCGCGUCGAUGCGCUCCUUGACCUUCUUGUCCUCGUCGGCGUACUCCUCGGCCUCGCGGACCAUGCGCUCGAUGUCCUCCUCGGACAGGCGGCCCUUCUCGGCCGUGAUCGUGAUCUUCUCGGCCUUGCCCGUGCCCUUGUCCUCGGCGCUGACUUGCAGAAUACCGUUCGCGUCGAUCUCGAAGGUCACCUCGAUCUGGGGCACGCCCCGCGGCGCCGGCGGGAUGCCGGUGAGCUCGAACUUGCCGAGCCUGUGUGAAAAUCAACCGGUGAGUCGAGUGGUCGCGUCGAUGGCUUGAAGGGGUCGCGGACGCCGCAUUU